GCAGAAAUUCUGGACGCACUUCUAAGAUUAUUUUUCCGGAGAGCAAUCAGUUCAUGUUUUGUUUCUGGGACGAGUCGAUUCGAAAGGAGCGAAAUUAGUUCAGUCUGAUUCGUUUAAUCGCCAGAACCGGAAGAGUUGUCCCAGCGGCAGAUGCAUUUGAAAUUCGGCCGGAACUUAAUUACCUAUCCCCGCUGAUCUCUUAAAAUCGGAAUAUGGAAUCUUCAGGUAAUCGCUGGAUCCUCCUGGCUCUGUGUGCCCUAGUUUUGGGCACGCUCUCGGAUGGUUCUAAGGUCCUUGUGCUGUUUCCCCACGCCAGUGAGGGUCACUUUGCGGUGAUGCGAACUCUAGUGGCGGAAUUGGCCAGCCGGGGACACAAUGUUGAAGUCUACACGGGCCAUGGUUUGGGGGAAUCCCAUGAUAACGUCACAGAAACAGUAACAGGAGAAUAUCCCUUCUGGAGCGAGUUGCAGAAGCAGGCGGCUCCCAAGGGAAACCUCGCCGAUCUUGGUCGUUUGCCCAUCGAAAAUCUCCGCCAGUCGCUUGCCCACGUUGGUGCUCGAGCGCUGGACCACUUCCUGACCCAAGAGCCGCUGCAGAAGCUACUUAAAAGGUCGUACAUUGAGUUCGACUUCGAUGUGGUCCUUGUCGACUACUUUUACACGGAGGCUCUGUUGGCCCUGGGACUAAUCCACCAGCGCCCAGUCGUGGGCAUCGUCUCCACAGACUUUGGCAACUACAUGGAUGCCGUGCAGGAGGCCCUGGUGCCGGCGGCAUGUUCUCCUAUAAACUCUGAACUUGAUUUGCCCCAACUGGGCUUUUCGGAGCGCCUGGGAAAUAUCCGGGAGUGCAUUUCCCGCCGAAAGCAGUUUGCCAAGGAUCACUAUGGGGCUCAGGAGCAACUGGUUAUCAAACACUUUAAGCAAAGGUACUCCAUUGCCGAGCUGCAGGCCAGCCAGCUAUCGCUGCUCCUGCUCAACAGUCAUGUGCCAUUGAUGACGCCCCGCGUGAGUAUCCAACAGAUUGUGCCCGCCGGUGGCCUGCACAUCCGAGGGCCAAAGGAGCUGCCCUGGAAUGUCAGGCGCUUCGUGGAGGAAGCUCGGGCUGGCGUAGUCUAUGUUCAGCUGGGAAACGAGCAGCCGUGUGGAGAGCUGCCCAAGGAGAAGCUGGAGGCUCUGUUUGCGUUCUUCUCCUCCCGGAAAGAGGGCAUUAUCUGGACCUGCCAUGAUGUGAAGACCCUGGAGGGUUUGCCCAAGAAUGUGAUGAUCCAGCAUGCCGUGCCGCAGAUAGACAUUCUGGCGCAUCCGAGGGUGAAGGUGUUCCUAACGAACGGUGACCUACUCAAUCUGCAGGAGGGAAUCGUGCGGAAUGUGCCCAUUCUGGGAUUGCCUCUCUUCCACCAUGAACGCAGGAAUAUGCAGCUGGCUGUUCAGUUGGGCGUCGGCCUGCAGCUGGCAGAGAACAAUGUGACCAGCACCUCCCUAACGUGGGCAGUGGACAGGCUUCUUCUGGAGCCUCACUUCCAGUUGACCAUUCGAGAGGUUUCCCUCGAAUUCCGGGACCGUCCCCUUGGCGCCCUGGCCAGCGCCCUGUUCUGGGUGAACUACGUUGUGCGACACAAGGGAGGAGCAGCGGUGCGCACCCGUGGCAUAGGCAUCCCCUCCUGCCAACUGCACCUUUUUGACCUCUUUGUGUUCUAUGCGGCAGUUGCUACCCUCCUUGUGGGUCUGUUGGGAGUCCUGGCUUUUGGCGGCCUCUAUGUUUGGCAGAAAAAGAACAAUGCCAAGUUCACCAAAGUAAAUUAAGUUUCAUGUGCGGAAAUAAAGUGCAAUCAAUGCAGUGUUUGUUUCA